UGAGAAUAUAAAUAGCGCAGAUUUAGAUCCAAUGCUUAGGCAAAGGGAAAGGAAAAGCUGCGUAUGCCCAAAUCUCUCUUCUUCAAAGAAACCUCUUUAACAUCACUUCUACUCCUACUUUAACUUCUACUUCUUGAACUUCAGGUACUUUCUUUUACUUUCUCUCACCGUCAACUUCACUUUCCUUCUUUCAAACUACUGGAUUUCCUUUCCCUUUGCUUAAAAUAUAAAAAACUCAUCAUCCUAGUGUAGUUUCCUAUCUGGGUUUGUGUUUUCUCACUUUAUUACUGACACGGCAUUUUCAUUUGGAGUAUAUUAUAGGAGGUGAUUUAGCAGGAUUACACAAUGAUCAAGCGGUCACCAAGUAGAAACCAAAGAUCUAAAGGAGUGAGGGUAAAACAUGUUUUGCAGAUUUUUCUGCUACUUGGUGUUUGUUUUUGGUUAAUCUACCAAGUAAAGCAUUCUCAUGAUAAGAAGAGGGAAUUUGAUGAGAAAGGCUCAAAAGUCUCGGUUAAAGCACAAAGUGAUGACGAGAUCCUGAAACUGGGGAGGAAGGACCUUCCUAAAUUACCGGAAGUUGGUAAGAAUGAGAAGCACGAGGAAGAAGAGGAAGAUGCUGUGGAGGAGGAAGAAAAUAAGCCUGAAGAGGAACAAAAAGAAAUAAGAAUGCAUGUAGACGAGGAUCAAGAAGAAGCAAAGCAUGAAGAAGAUGAGCAGGAAGAUGAAGAGAACAAGCACCAAGAUGAUGGGGAAGGAGCAAACAAGCAAGAAGAGGAACUAGAAGAGGAAACUAAGAAUGAAGAGACAGAAGAAGAUAGACGGGGAGGUGAAGAUGAGGAGAUGGAUGAACAAGAUCAAGAAAGAACAGAAGUUGAUGGUGAUCGUGAGGACGAAUUUUUAGAUGAAGAGAAAGAGAGAGAAGGAGAUGGUGAUGAUAAAGAGAAUGAAGAAGAGGUUGAUGGUAAAGAGAAUGAAGAUGAGGGUGAUGAUAAAGAGAGUGAAGAGAAAGACAGUCAAGUAGAAAAUGAGAAUUCAUCUGAUGAUCAUGAUAAUGAGGGUGAUACGAAUUCUCACGUGGCAAGAGAAGAACAUUAUAAGGCAGACGAUGCUUCUAGUGCUGUUUCCCAUGAUAACCAAAUUACAAUAACAGAGACUGAUAAGGCAAGUUUGGAAAAUUCAAAUGAGAAUAGAAAUAUUUUAGAAGAGGGGGAUAAAUCGAAUAAUAAUGAGAAAAGUAAUGAGGUUCAAAACAGUACAGAGUUAAAGUCAGGAGAAGGUGAAGUGGCUGGAAGUGGUAGUCUAUUGAAUGCAACUACUACUGAAGAAGAGGUUCAUGGCACUAGAUUAAACGACCCAGAAAAUAGCUUGGUUCUAAAUGCAAGAACUAAUUUGACUGAAACAGGUACAGAAACAAGCAACAAUUCAACUGGAUCAAGUACCCAAAUUACUGUUCUUUCUCUGCAGAGUGAAAUAAAGACUACAUUGGUUUCAAAUCAAACUCAAGAUGCAGCAGUGGAUGGUGCAACUAACUUAGAAGCCCAUGACCUUCAAACCACUGUAUCAGAACACGCCGAGAACUCUAACACAGUUUCUGACGGCAAUCAAUCAAACUCUACUGAAACCAGGAAUGCAAAUGUAGCCUUGGAAGAUACCUUCAAUAAUUCAAACCCUGCUCUAUCAGAAAAAACCAUGGGCACAAAUACGACAGUUGUUGGAGAGGUCAGCUCUGGGUCUUUAGCAACAAAGGAGAUGACCAAUGCUGCUCAGAAUGAAACAAUAAAUAGUGGUGGUGAAUCCGGUGGAACAAAUGAAACCUCACACUCUUCCUCAAUGAACAGGACUGGGGACAAUGAAACUAAUGAAAGCACAAAUGGAAUGCGGGAUGCGCAUAGGGACAGUAGAUCAAGUGAAACAAAUGGUAGCACAAUUGAGACUGUAGAUGCGGCUAAGGAAGACCCCAUUGAUUCUUCAGAUUUCUCAAUUAUCCCUGACGAGAAAGAAUCUCAUAUGGAUCUGGAAACUUUGCCUGACAUCAGAGCAAAUGUGGAUCACAAUGAAGAAGCAGCGGCAGAAUAGAAAUUCUGGUGAAACCUUUUGGCUUUCUGUUGUUGCUCCUAAGUUUUAGUUGUAAUUUUCUUGCUUGGUUUCAAUACAGAAAAAGGUAACGUUUUCAGAGUGCUUCUGCUUUCUGAAUUGAUCCAUGUUAGAGAAUACAGUGCCAACUUUGCAGGCAAAAUGUAGGCAGGUUUAUUGUGGCAAGUUUUUAACUGUAUAAUUUAUGUCAACCUUUCUAUGAUACUCUUGUAUAGUUUUUUAUUCCA